AUGUUGUUCGUCGCUUCCAGCAGCAAAUCCCACCUCAUCAACCUUGAUACAAAAACCGUGGAGCGAUCAUAUGUAACGACACCGGUGGAGCGCCGGGGCCUCGUGUAUUGGCCCACCGCUCGGGUCGUUAUGUCGAAUCAAUCACGUGGGUGCGCGUCUCUCUUUUCCCCAGCGAUGCAACAGCCGGUAUUGCGUUGCCUAACACCUCAAGCGGUGACAGCUUCUGCAUCCACGAGCGAUGGCGCAUUUCUGUUGGUCGGCACUGCAGAAGGCAAUUUGUAUGUAUGGAGUACACUAUCCGGGGAGCUGUUGCAUCUUGUUCGGUCUCAUACGCGUCGGAUAACCGAAAUCGCGAUAUCAUCAGACCAGUCACUCAUAGCCACGGCAUCCGAAGAUUCUGUCUGUAAAACUUGGUUACUGGCGGCACUGGUGGCUCGUGGUGUCUCAGCACCGGCACCACGAAUUGUUUUCAACGGACAUUCGCUCUCUGUUAAUGCGUGUUCAUUCCUGGACAGUAGCCAAUCCGUGGUGACGGCGUCUUCGGAUCGCAGCUGCCGUAUCUUUGAUGGGAGCACCGGCCAACAGCAGUUUGUGGUAACUCUCGGUGAUGUUUUAACAUCUGUGCGACCGUCUCCAGGUGACGAAAUGCUUCUUAUCGGCGGGGAAACGGGCUCCCUUUUUUUUGUUCGACUUUAUUCCUUCAGUGAACGGCAGUGCUUACCGACUGCUGGGCUUAUUAGGUGCGUUAAUGAUGUUGUGACAUGUACACCUUUCACCGAUGGUCACAAGGGUGCUAUUGUGUUUAUACACUUUGAUUACACUCGACCCGAUUAUGUCCUCGUGGGAAGUACAAAUGGCGUUAUUUUGUGGUGGAAUAUACGCACGGCAACGACUGUAGAAAAGGCAGUGGAUGACAUUGCCGGCGGGUUGUUAAGUGUUUGUUAUGUACCAAGUGAUGCAACGCAACCUUCGAGUGCUGCCGUGCCGCCCGUUGUGCUACAGAAGCAUCCUUUGGACCCUUUGGGUGUGGAUUUUAUUGUGGUAUCGGCGGGGAAAAAAGAGUCAGCACCGAUCUCGUAUCAAAAGGAAGGUGGGAGCCGGGCAUCACGUCGCAAAAGAAAACAUCAACAAACGAUGGAAGACACGUGCGUUUCCAUGAAACGCACGGAAAAUGUUGUGGCAACAGAACUGGAGGAAGGCGCCAGAGAGUCCACUGGAAAACCAACAUCUGCGGAGAGGUUCAGUCGCUUGCGGGAGAAGAAUGAUGAAUUGGAGUUCCUCAAGAAUAAACUGAAGGAGAAAUUACGGAAAUUGAGGGCUGCAAGUUGA